CUGGUCUUCACCCAUGCCUUCAACUCGCCCUUCACUUCACAACCGCAUCUCUCGUUGUAUUUAGGUUGACAGAAAGUCUCCGAACUAUCGUCCUCCAGCAUGCACGACGAAAGCGAGAUAUCCAUCGCCAAUCUCACCUUCUCUCACUACCCGGGCGGGCCAUUGUCGCUCGUGGAUCUGUGCAUGUACCUGCCGAAAGGGUCGCGCACAAUUCUGAUUGGCGCAAAUGGAGCGGGAAAGUCGACGCUCUUGCAGAUCCUCGCUGGCAAGCGACUGAUUCUCCAUGAGGGCACCCAUGUUCACAUCAAGGGGAGAGAUGUCUUCAGAAACUCUCCGCCUGGAGUCACCUUCCUCGGGACGGAAUGGGCAAUGAACCCGGUUGUCCGUAGUGACAUUAUCGUUCAUGACUUCCUGAACUCCGUGGGAGGGUACCGUCACAAAGAACGACGUGAUCGCUUGCUUGAUAUCCUGGAUGUUGAUCUUGACUGGCACAUGCACGCCAUAUCUGACGGCGAGCGGCGCCGAGUGCAAUUGGUCAUGGGUCUAAUGUCCGAUUGGGACGUCUUGCUCCUAGACGAGGUCACAGUCGAUUUAGACGUUCUUGUCCGCCACAAUCUCCUAGAGUUCCUCCAAGCCGACAGUGAACGACGUUGUGCAACCAUCUUGUAUGCUACGCACAUAUUUGAUGGGCUGGAUAGGUUCCCCACGCAUGUCGCCCACAUGCACCUGGGCACGUUCCUCUCACAGCCAACGCCCUGGCCUCUCACGCCGGACGUGGCGUCACAAGCUGUCUCGGUUGACCUCGGGCCGACACCAUCCUUGUACACGCUCGCUCUGCACUGGUUGAAGGAAGACCGGGAGCGAAGACGAGAACUGGAAAAGCAGGGGCUCAAGAUGCGGGGUGCGAGGGUAGGGAAGCCUGGCGAGGUUCCCUCGGACUCGGAAACGUUCUACAAGAAAUACGAUUACAGCCACUAGAAGUGACUAGUGAGACGCAGGAUCCGUGUCAGAAUUCAACCUCACAGCAUCGAGAUCACGGAUAGAUUGGGCGUUGAGGAGGGUGUGCGAGCAGUGCGCAGAGCGAUGCUUGUCCUCGGGUGAGAUGCGAGAAGAUCGAUAGAGUAAAUACGAUGUUAUUAACAUAGCUACGGCGAUGGUCACCAGGGUCAAGCAUGUAUUCGACG